AUGGGGUGGUGGUGGGUGCCCCUGGUGCUGGUGCUGGCCCCCUGGCUCCCUGGAAGCCCAGGCAUCCAGGCAGGGCAGCUGUGCUUGUGGCAGUGGGUGGCCCUGGUGUCCUGGCUCCCUGGGGUGCACCCCUGCCUGCUCUGCUUUGAGACUUCCACUCAGCAGGAACAGCUCUGCCAUAACAUCACUGGGGCCCCUGUCAAGGACCCCCAACAUCAACAAUGCCUUGAUGCCAUUGCUGAGGCUGCUGCACCACUCACCUCUGUCACUGUGGGUUCAGAGCAGCGUGAGGCACUUCAGGAGAUCAUCAUGGAUGCCCUGCAUUUUCUGGAGAACCAGAACAACACAAAGCCCUUUGAGGAGUCUCUGCAGGAAGCCAUCAGCAUAAUCUGGGUGAAUCUGAGCCAGCUGGAGGAAGCUCCAGCCUGCAUCCCACCCUGUGGGUACCAGAAAGCUGCCCGCACCUUCCAGUGCGCGACCUGCCGCGUUGUGGACUGCCAGUUUCCCGUGGACUGCCCAGCGCAGGAUCUGUGGGCCCACGCGGAUGAAGCCAUCACGCUGGACUGCAGCGUGCCCUUUGUCAUCCCCCCUGACCUGCCCAUUACCUGGAUGUUUGCCAAGGAUCUGCACACACAGGAUCUGUCAGUGUUUGAGGAGCUGCGAGGGAUUCUAGGCGAUCCUCUCAGUCUGACCCUCCACGACCCCACUCCGGGAACCAUCGCCUGCUGCCUGGGCUUCCUUUCUGAGCCCUUGGCCCGCAAGUACUUCUACCUCAAUGUGACAGGAGGAAGUGUGGAGGCAGAGCGAGGAAUCCAGGAGCGGUUCCAGGCUGUGCUGCGCUGGCCCCACCACAGGAUCCCUCCGGACUACCUGAAACCACUGGUGCUGGCCUUGGCUCUUGGCUCCAUGGCACUUGUGGUGCUGCUGGUGUAA